GAAUGUGAUGCUGCUGCCCUCUGUAUGUGAUCCACAUGAAAUCACACCCAUGAACACAAACAUGUCGCACGGACAGUCUUCUCGUCUGUUCAACUGAAGCUUUAUGUUUCCGCUCGAGUUUGGAAAGAAAAACGCAGCAAGAUGCCACAGAAGCUGCUGGGCUCCGUGGUGGGGCUUCUCUGUACAGGGGCGUGUUUAGUUCAGGGGAAGGAGUUUUGUUUCGGCGUGAACAAUGAACAGUACCGCUGUGAGAUGGGCUACUGUUGUGGCGAGACUGAGUGCUGCACAUACUAUUACGAGCUCUGGUGGUUCUGGUUGGUGUGGACCCUCAUCAUCAUGCUGAGCUGCUGCUGCGCAUACAGACACCGGCGUGUCAAGAUGCGCCUGCAGCAGGAGCAGAGACAGAGAGAGAUCAGUCUGAUGGCAUAUCAGGGUGCCUCCAGCUCCUUCAUCACUCCUCCUCCUCUCAAUUUACGGUUCUGGACAGACUGUAAGCUACCCGACUAUGAGGAGGUGAUCGCUCACCCACCCACGCCUCCUCCGCCAUACUCAGAGUCUCCUCCAGACGUCCCAGUGCUCGGCGGCCGGACGGAGGCAGCCGUGGUCCUGGAGCCGCCUGUGCCUGAGACGGCCGUGGAGGUGGAGGAGGAUGAGGAGCCCAAUGGCCGGCGCAGACAUGUGACUGGUGACUCGGGCAUCGAGGUGUGCGUGUGCCAGCUGGACGAGGGUUCGGGGCCCGAGGAGGAAUCGCUGUGUCAGGGAGCCGACGGUGGCUGCUGCUCCGAGUGUGAAACCCUUAGCAGCAAAGAGCUCUCGCCCGAACCCGCCGCCGCCACCGACCGCCGUGUGUGACGGCCCGUCGGGAUAAGGAAUGAGGGAGUUUGUGAGAGACUUUUUCUACAGUCUGACUGCGUCGUGUUUGUACGUUUCCCAGCAUCCCUCUCGCUUUCCUCUCACAGACUGAGCGAAUGAUCCAGACCACUGUUUGUUUCUCACAGCUGCACCGAGACUUCAGCCCAGAGCGAGACACACACAUACACACACAGAGCGACACGUGUCUCCUCCCGCAGGACACACAUUGUCUCAAACACACAAGGUGGUACAUGUCCUUUUAUAUGAUGUUUGCGUGCUGAGGAAUCCCAUGAGAGCUGGUCGAGCAGAUAAACACCCAGUCAGCUGAUCGUCUCAUGUGUAUAUCUCAUCGUGGCCUUACCGGUUUCAUACGCUGCUGUAAACAAGCUUGUGUUGAUCUGUAUGUGGCGUCCCGUGUGUGUGUGUGUGUGACCUGCUGCAGUCACAUGAUAUAUGAUCUAUGAUUUAUGUUUAUUAGUGAAGCACAGAUAUGAUCAGAUGACGCCACAGAAAAAGGCGAUGAGUGUCAUGUUGUAGAGGAAGACUGAAGUUUCCUGCAUUAAGGGCUAAAAUCAAGAUCAGAAUGUUUCCGGUUGGUAUUCUCAUGUCAGUCGUGUUUGUUUCCAUGAACGCUUGUCUCAGUCAACCCUCUGAAUGUGGCUGCAAACCCCGUUUUGUUUGCUGUUGCACUGAAGGACGCUGUCAUCCUCUCAAAGUUCUUCAACUCCAUCCCAAUUCCCACAAAGUUUACAGAUUCUGUGCCUUUCCUGGUGUAGAUCUAGAUUAACUAACUAGCUAACUAGGCUAUGCAAAAAAUGAGGACUCUCUUUUGUGAGCUGCAGUAGCGCUGUGGCGUCUGUUUUAGCAAUACCAUUCAUGUUCACGCGAUUCAAACAACUCUUUUUCUCUAUAUUCAAAUGAAAUUAGUUCAUGUUCAUUUCUUGACUGGACACUCAUUACUGUGUCCGUCUGUCAUGGAGUUUGUUUCUCUUAGUUUGUGUACAAACUCUGUUCAUAACGCCUCUGUUGCUUAUGGAUUGUAUACCAUUUACAGGUGAAAUCUGAGGCGUUAUGGAUGAUUUCAGGCGUUUGUUUUGUGCACCGCUGGUGUUUGUCACAUUACGCAGGUGCUCUCAAAUAUAAAGCCUUUGACAUUGAACAGCUCCAAGUCUGUUGUCAAAUGUGUGUUUAUAAUAAAGACAUUUAAUAUCAAGCCAAAUCACAGCGCAAACCUGCAUCAUGGCGCAGUUCUAUAAGCACGUUGAGCUGUUUUGACUUCAUACUCAUUUAUAAUAGUAGUGCUCAGCUGAAGUGUGUAAUGCAUUUUAAGGCCAGUUCAAACCGCACAAAUAAACGCCAACAAACAUGUUUUUUUGGGUUUUGUCUGAUCAGUGUGUUACCCAGGCCGGGGUUUAUUUUCACCCGUGUGAACAUAUUCAAUCAGCAUUUUUUGGUGUCUGUUGCUAAAGUGUGAACAUGACAGUUAUUUUUCAUAAAAUUCAAAAUCACACUGCUAACUUGUUUGUUGGUGUGUGUCUGUGCGGUGUGAAUUGGCCUAUACUUGACUCAUCUGACAGUCCGUGAGGUUUUCUGAUAGCAGCUGAUGAUGAUGAUGAUGAUGAUGAUGAUUUCUGCCAAAUAGCAGCUGAUAUGGAAAUGCUCACAGACCUACAGACACGUUUGUGGUUCCAGCACUGAGAGCUGUGUGGCAUUUCUACUGUCGGUUCUUUAGUAAGAUGUCUGCUGUGUCUCUAUAGUCAUUUGUAUUUUAUUUUUGUAAUAAAAAUAAUAAACCAGCUUUGGCACUGAGCCGUC